GAAGUAACAGCUUUCUAACUGCCAGCGCAUGCGUACAAGAUGAUUCGAAAGGACGCUGUUAGUUUGUGUUUUGUGAAAUUUAUUUUCCCAUUUCAUUGGAAAUUCAUACGUUCUUUUCUCAUACAAUGACCAGAACUAUUGUUAACCGAGGGCAAGUGAAGUGCUUUUUACAUCAUUCAUAGACGCACAUCUACAAAUUAUCAAAAUGGAACCCAAAAUGGUAUAUGAUUUUGAUGUAAAAACAUUUUGCCAAAAUCUAAAGGCAACAAAACCACCAUAUAAAUGUCCUUUGCCAAGUUGUGGAAAGAUGUACAAGAGUUAUUCGGGAAUUCAGUUUCAUCUUUAUAAUUUUGAUCAUGACAAUCCAGAAAAUUGUGUACCUUCACCAGCCAAAAAGUUGAAAAGAAAAUUUCAGAGAUGGCAUCAUCGCUCAAACAGAAGAUCUCCGACACCACCUGAGUUCGUUCGACCACCGACCAGAGAAACGCUGACCUAUGCUGAGGCACAGAGACUUGUUGAAAUUGAUUUUGAUGGUCACAUACACAGAAUAGACAUUUAUGAACCUUUGGAAAUUAUUUCCCAGGGAGAAAUAGACAAUCAAAAUAAUACAGAAAAAGAAGAGAAAGCUGAAAAGUCUUCCCAGAAAGGUCUGAAAUCACAAGAUGGUAACAAAGUUCGCAAGGAAGUUACUAAUGGCAGUCAGAAUGCCACGAACACACCAAGUGUGGUAAAGUUGCCAGAAGCUCAGGUUAAAGUGCUAGAUGAAUAUAUAAAACCAUCCAGUAUUCCAUCCAGACCAGUUUCAUAUUAUCGAUACAUGGAAAAGUCAACAGAAGAAUUGGAUGAAGAAGUAGAGUAUGAUAUGGAUGAAGAGGAUCAUGCUUGGCUGGAACUUGUAAAUGAAAAACGUAGAGAUGAAGAUAUGUUAACAGUUUCUCAGGAAGUAUUUGAAAUUCUAAUGGACAGGUUCGAGAAGGAAGCCUUCUUCCAAAGUCAGACCUCGGGAAAGGACCCGAACCCGUCUAUAGAUGAAGACGCUGUUUGUUCUAUCUGUAUGGACGGGGAGUGUCAGAACAGCAAUGUGAUUCUUUUCUGUGACAUGUGUAACCUUGCCGUGCAUCAGGAGUGUUAUGGUGUUCCGUACAUCCCAGAGGGACAGUGGCUAUGUCGCCGUUGCCUCCAGUCCCCGUCACGGGCCGUCGACUGCUGCUUGUGUCCCAACAAGGGCGGGGCGUUCAAGCAGACCGAAGACGGCCGGUGGGCUCACGUUGUCUGUGCUCUGUGGAUCCCAGAGGUUGGCUUUGCCAACACUGUGUUUUUAGAACCCAUAGACGGUAUCGAGCGUAUACCCACGGCUCGUAAGAAGUUGACUUGCUACAUUUGUAAACAGCGGGGUUCUGGUGCUUGCAUUCAGUGUCACAAAACGAACUGCUACACUGCUUUUCACGUAACUUGUGCUCAGCAGGCUGGUCUCUUCAUGAGGAUCGAGCCGGUCAGGGAGUGUGGACCAAAUGGAAUCGUGGCCGGAGUGCGUAAGACUGCCUACUGUGAUGUGCACACUCCCGCUAAUUCUGACUGUAGUCCUAAUGUGUCAGACGAUCAAGACAAGACAAUGUCUGCCAAGAAGGCAAAAGAGAAAUCACGUAUCAAAAUGAGAAAAGCAAGGAAAAUUCUAGCAGAAAAAAGAAAUGCACUGCCUGUUGUAUCUAUUCCCAUAAUACCGGAAACGAGAAUUUCCAAAAUAGCUAGUUUAUUUAAUGUUCCAAAGAAAGAAUUAUUUUUAAAGAGACUUAUAAGUUACUGGACAUUAAAACGACAAUCACGGUUUGGUGUACCGUUACUUCGAAGACUCCAGUCUAGUCAUAUGACAAGAAACAGAGAACAUCACACGAAGAAUGACAAACAGAGCAAUGCAUUGAGAGAGAGGCUUAAAUAUUGGCAGCGGCUCCGUCAAGAUCUGGAAAAGGCUAGACUUCUCGUGGAACUAAUUCGCAAGAGAGAGAAACUGAAGCAAGAACAGAUACGCAUUCACCAACUGGCCACUGAGUUUGAGCUGCAACCGUUCGUGAUUCUUCUACGUCAGACACUCGACCAACUCCAGGAGCGAGAUACCUCCAACGUCUUCGCAGAACCUGUGUCUCUUAAAGAGGUUCCCGACUACUUGGAAUACAUCGAUAAACCCAUGGACUUCAAGACGAUGCGUAACAAGGUUGAUGGGCACCAGUACAAGACGGUGGACGAGUUCCAGGCUGACUUUGAGCUGAUGAUCAAGAACUGUAUGAUGUACAAUGCAAAGGACACCAUGUUCUUCAGGGCAGCGGUCAAGCUCCGUGACCAGGGUGGUAGUAUAAUCCGGUCAACUCGUCGAAUGGCAGAACAGGUUGGAUUUGACCCAGAGACUGGACUUCACCUACCAAAACAGCCAUCCAAUUCAGAUGCACCUCCUGUUAUAAUCGAAGACAUUGAUGACUUCAUGCAGCAGGGAAUCCAGGACGGGAUGCCCCUGGAGGAGCAGCUGCGUAUUCUGCUCGACAAGAUGGAUACGGCCAACACCAUGCUGCGUGGAGGCAAGAGAUCGAAAUUUGCCAAACGAAUCAAGAGGGAAAUAUUCAAAACGCGGAGAAAGCUUGCUCUUCAGAAAGGGAAAGAUGAAUAUGACACGGCAGAUACUGCUUCUGAAACAGCUGAUACAGAGGAUGAAAAUACUCCAGCCAGUUCUGGUCGCACACCCCACACUCCGAUGGGAAAGUCACCUGUUGGUUCAUUAUCUCCAAAUGAGGAGAAGACUCUGAACUCACCGCUAUCGAGAUCAUCAUUGCGAGGCAUUCCGGGUCGAACUAGAGGUCGCGGAAGAGGGCGCGGUCGGAUGGCUAGCAGGAGUCACAGUGAAUGUGACCUAGAUUCGGGAUCUAAGCAUCAGGCAGGAGAAAAGCCCCACAACUUGGACGUGACAAAGUUAAGUGGUGCUCAUUCGGAUGCAAAAGACAAUACUUCCUCUCCGUCUGGUGUCAAUAGAAGGACAGCUGUGUUAUUCAAUAGUAAAAAAGGUCGUGGUGCUAAAAGUGAUUCCGUGUCCAGUUCACAGACUCGGAAAGGGACCGGCCGCUCUCCGGGUCGUCCCCCCAAAAAUAGACCUCCACCAGAUACCUCUUCCCCAAGGUCCCCAGUAAACAGUGAUAGUUCCUUGCGUCGAGGGCCGGGCAGCCCUACAGGGAGAAAGCGUGCGUUCAGCACUGGUGGGCCGUGCCUGGACCUCAAUCCUCGUCCGUCACCACCGAAACGGGCCACGUCAAUGUCUGAUUCACUGCAUCAUUUUGCCGAUCCCACAGACAUUACACCACAGAAGGAGAGUUUCCGGUGUUAUCGCAAUCGCAAUAUUCUUAGUGCUUCGGAAUCGGAAAGUACGUCUGACUUGAGCAGUGGAGACGAUUCGUUGUCGGAAAGCUCAAGUACCAGUUCCAGCAGCCAUAGUCGAUCAGACGAUAUAUCUGAAGACAACAUUCGAGGUGGUCCCCAGCUAGACUCUGGUUCUGAUGAGGCAUCGUGUGGUAGCUUCCCUGCUUGUGCUUCCAAGUUUGUCGCUGCAUCAUGCUCGUCAAAAUUUGCAGAUUUAACACAUGCCACCUGCAGCACAAGACAAACUAGAAUGAUCACAAGGAGUAAGAAAAGUGCAGACUCGGCCAUCCAUCCUCAUCACAUUCUCACAAGACAUAGAAGUGGCUUGAAUUGGACACUUUAUGAACAUAACAAUAAUCAAAUACCCGUGGUAGAGGAUCACGUGAAAAGUUACCAUCUGGUUGUGUUGUCUAACUGUGUUGUGUCAUCCCAGCUCAGCACCUCACCUGCUGAAGCUAAACAACCUACUGGUGGUCAUUUAACGACAGAAAUAGGUGAAAGGAGAUUUUCCAGAACUGACAGACAGAUAGCAAGAACCAGCAGAACUGGUAACACCAAUACUGUUACAGUGACCAAAACUAAGACAAAGAUUAUCACAAAAACAAAAUUGAAGGAUGUUAAGAACUCCAGUAGGAACAUGAAGGACAGUAAACUGCGAACAUCUGGAGUGUGUGGCAACAAGACCAAGCAGAACAAGUGUAAGACUGUGAAACAUUCUGAGGACAAUGAUGUCUGUUGUGUCAGGAGAUCGGAUAAAUACCGUAGAUUAAAUAGUCUUUCACAAAGUAUCAUCCACUUCCUUCGAUCAGUGUCACAGGAUGAUAAAAGUGUUAGCACAGAUUCUACAAGUAGCAAUGAAAAUUCAGCCAGGAAAAAUCUUACAAAAUAUGCUCGUCCAAGAAGAAGUCCCAGCUUUGACUCGGAUGAUGUCAUGGCUCUUGAGCCCCUGGACUUGGUAUGGGCCAAGUGUCGGGGAUACCCGUGGUAUCCUGCUCUGAUAAUUAACCCCAAGAUGCCGAAGACUGGUUACUUCCACAACGGUGUUCCUAUCCCUGUUCCCCCGGUCGAUGUGCUCCAGUUGCGGCGGCACCAUGAUGAAUACGUCUACCUGGUACUGUUCUUCGACACAAAGCGCACCUGGCAAUGGUUACCUCGCAGCAAACUGGAACCGCUUGGUGUUGACUCCAACCUGGACAAGGCCAAACUAACAGAGAACAAGAAGCCCAAUGUGAGAAAAGCUGUGCAGAAGGCCUACGAGAAGGCCAUUGUCCAUCGGUGCAGUGUCAGUGGGGAGCCAUGCCCUCUGUCAGGAGACUCGAGUUCAGAUGACUGAAUCCUGCUGCAGCUCGAGACAAUUGACAGUUCUUCUUGUGACGGUCAUUCUGUGGAAACUGUGCUUUACUCAUCUAGAUGGAACCCAGGAUUCUAGACUACACGUUGCCACUGCCACUGAUUCAAUGACUAAGAGACUUUUUAAUGUAUCCAGGCACACAUAAUUGCCUCCCCCUCCCCGACGAAUUCCUUAAAUAUCUACCAUAAUCUGAUAAUGGAUCAACCUGGAAGUUAUGGGCAUCAGUUGUUUUGGUAAGAACUGUCCCGUGCCUCAUAAUCUCUGUGAAUACCUGCAUAUGAAAAGGAAUUAAUUGAUUCAUUCUGUUGUUUCUUCAGAAGGUGCAAGCUGUUAUGAUGACCAAAAAUGCCAAAUAGUUUGGAAUGUGAACAUGAAACGCAGAUGUUAGUGCUGUUUUAGUAGAACAUAUUGGACUAUUCGUGUGUCUGUGUGGAACUGGGAUACGGUUGUAACAGUCUUAAGACAUCUGAUACUAUCGACAUCUGACCAUUGCAUUGAAAUAUGGUUGCAUGGGAUUGGGAUCAGAUAAGCUCAUUUUAAUCAUAAUCAUCAUUUAUUCAUAAUAGUUCGCAUACAUUUUUGUAUCGUGUCACAUAUGAACAUUCUCUUAAUAUCUACGUUUAUUUUAUUUGCAUUUUUUUAAUAGUUGUAAAUUGACAUGUUAAUAUUAGCAGAAAUGUUAAAUGAAAUUGUAGAUUUUUACAACUGUUUACAGAUCAUUUCAUUGUUACUGUACUGGUGUUUAUAUGGACCCAUGAAUGGUUGAUAUUCAUUUUAUUUAAUGAAUUAAACUUUAAUAUAUACAUGAA